AUGUUACACAUGCGAGAAAAUAAACUGACCGCUGCAAUCGACACACUGGAAAAGAAGCAUUCAGAAAAGAAGGAAGAAAAACUCGACAAUAUGAAGGAGCAAAUGAAGAUGAAAAACCUGGAAAAGCAGGUCAAUCUAAAAGUGGCAGAGGUAGCAAAGCUGCAAGAGGAAAACAACACGAUGAAAAAUAGAUUAAACGAGCUGAUCGAGAAGAAAGGAUCAGAAAUGGCGGACAUGUACAAUACUUUUCCUCCGAGGAAAAUAGCGGAUCAAUUUAAAGACUUAUAUGCGUCUUUGAGAAAUGACGCAUUUCAGUUUUAUAAAUCGUCACUAAAUAUGGCCGACCAGGUAGCAGCUGCGAGAACAAUGGACAUUGUUCGUGAUGCCUACGCAUUUUGCGAGGAAGCCAGCUUAUAUCAACAUGGCAGCGUAAUAUGUGGACUUGUGAAUCCUUGCGAAAUAUUUAAUGUGCAUCAGAGUGGUUACAAGGUGGACGAAGUGGACUCGAAGCAAAUAAGCAAUAUAAGAAAACAAACGAGCAAGUACUCUUGUGAACACAUUAAAAAUGCAUUUGUCACAAAGUUGGAGUCGUCACAAGAAAAAUAUUCCUUGGAAGAGUUGACAGGAUGCAUGGCAUACAUAGAACGAUCUGUAGAGCUGUGCUGGUACAUGUGCUUGCAAACGCCCCCUAUGCACAUAGGAUUUGCUGACAAUGAUAAGCAGGACAUAGCAGUGGACAAAACCAAAUACGAAAUAGGUUCUGGAAAAGGAACCAAAGUGGAUUUUGUUCUGUGGCCUCCUUUAUACGACGAAAAAGAGGGAAACAUUGUAAUGAAGGGCGUUAUACAAACGAAAUAACGCAUAUAAUUGAAAGUUGGUGUGAAAGUGUGACAGCGGACAUAGAAACACGUUCAACUCGUCUAAAAGUGUAUGCACUAUAAUCAACAUUCUACAUUAUUUUAUA